AUGCAAGUUCCAAAAACAUCCGCCAGUCAGCAGGCAGCGUCGCCAAAGACUGUGUCGCAACUGCAGCUCUCGUCUCUUCCCGCCCUUGCAACGCCUGGUCAGAUUAAGGGAAAGCUCGGAUACCUAGCGAGGUCUAUGAUGGCAAUCCGCUAUAGCUUUCAGCCCGAAAAGUUUGCAGGCCUCGCAUUCUCCCAGCUCCCAGCUCCCAGCUCCCAGCUCCCAGCUCCCAGCUCUCGUGUCGUUGUUGGGCGGAAAAGGCGUGUUUCUUCCAGUGGCUCUGUCGCCUUGUACUUGGUCCGCUCGACUCUCGAAUCAUCGCCCGCUGCUUCAGCCAACGCACGUCUUCCCGGAUCCGACUGCCUAGCAUGUCGUUUAACCGGGUUCGCAGCCAUGUCCGGGCUCGGAGCUUACUCUUUCGUCGAAGCGUAUCGGAUGGGUAUCUUGCGUCGCUCGCCACUACCGGCGGGUGUGAAAGCAAGACCAUUAUGGGCCGCAACGCUGGUUGUUUUUGGUGUAGGAUGCAUCGGCGCUGGUGUUGUUCGAUUGGGGAUCUAG